UGAUCGUUUCCUCCGAUUUUAAUAUUCUCUUUUUAAAGAAACGCAUCCACUUCGUCUUCCACGUGGAUUCCUGCCGAGUUAAGACUGUGUCACUUGCACACAACCACCACCCAGAUCAGUGAUGAUAUAGCCAAAGCGUUCGAAAUAUCCGUCCAGAUUUCUAUUCCUUUGUUUGGGUUUUCUUUUUUCUUUUGGUUUUCUUCUAAUUCCCUUUUCCCAACUCGUGAAGAUUUCCCGAUUCAAUGAUGAUCACGCGGAGACUGGAUCGCGAUUUGCUUGCUUAAUUAUAGCUGUUAGCGAUUGCUCUGUGUCGGUAACAUUGGAGGGAGAUUUUGAUGAAUCCUUUCUGUUCGUGAUAAUCAGUCGAAGUGAUUUACUGGAUUGUUGGAUUUCAAGAUUGCUUUCCAUUUCUGUGAGCAUGGCGAGGAGGCAAGAUCAAUUAGAGAUCAAGUUUCGGCUGACCGAUGGUUCUGAUAUUGGCCCCAAGAGUUUUCCUGCUGCUACAAGUAUUGCUACCUUGAAGGAGAGUAUUCUUGCUCAGUGGCCAAAUGACAAGGAGAAUGGUCCAAGGACUGUAAAAGAUGUGAAGUUAAUUAGUGCCGGAAAAAUACUGGAAAACAGCAGAACGGUGGGGGAGUGCCAGAGUCCGUUAUGUGAUAUCCCUGGUGGAGUUACAACAAUGCAUGUGGUCGUGCAACCCCCUGCUGGGGAUAAAGAGAAGAAAGCAAGAAGCGAACCGAAGCAGAACAAGUGUGUUUGUGUAAUAUUAUAGCACUCUCAGCUGAAGGGAUCAAAGAUGUCUUUCCUAGGUAAAGAGAAAUUGGCCUGGUGAAGAUUGUGAUGCCAGUUAUAUUGUGAUGGUUUCUCUGAAACAGUAAAUUCUGUACACAAUUUUCAUAGGUGGUGGCUUUCUUGGUGGUGUUUCAUUGUUGGGUUGGUAUAAUUGUUUGUUGAAAUGAAAUCAACUCUAUAUGUUGCCUUCAUGUACCUGAUUAUAUAUUAUAAAAAAAAAAAAUUCUUCUUAUGCUUAAAGGGAAUAAACA